UGAUUUAAUUACAAUUAACUAAUAUGGAAGAAAAAUUUGACAAUAUGAAGGAGCAUUCCUUCAAAAAGGAGGAAUACCAUAUUGGACCAUUUGGUCGAGUCCGAAGUGACUAUCUUAGUUCUCCUGUUCAAUCGCUAUCCAAUUUUGCUUUUAACCUUUUUGAUGUCCCAGCAACUUGGAUACAUGAUAAAAUUGUCGUGCCAAAUAGAAAGCAAAGUGUCUACUAUCAUUAUAAAUUUCCCCGAGUUCCAACAGUUGAUGAGUGUUAUGUUGAUGAUUACGCUUGUCUCUGGGAAGCAGAUCAACAAUACAAGAGAGACAGGAAAGUGGAAAAAAAUAUAAUCAAGAUUUUAGUUAGAAGAUAUGAUGAGUGUAUGGCCACUUAUGGUGGUGUCGAUUCCACUGCCAGAGCUUGGUGUGAACACCUUUUGGAAGACCGGGACAAAGCAGAAACAAAUUAUAUGAUAAAAUAUGGUGAACUCCGUAUGGAUGGAACAGCAGCUUUGAAUCUCAUGGAGAAUAGAACAAGAUCAGCUGAUGUUUACCUCAAACAAAAACAUCGAUAUGUUUGGGAAAGGAAACAACAAUUGAAAAAGGAAAAGGAAGAAAAUGAAUCAAAAGAAUCAAAAGAAUCAAUUUGAGGAGAAAAAAAUUAAACAUUAUGAAUAUUAUUAGGUAAAGUGAAAAUAAUUUGUUAGAAUUCCAAUAGAUAUUGGACUGUUUUGAUCAACAAUUGAUUAUGUAAAUUAUGAUUAAUUCGUGUGAUUAAUAACAACUUAUGGCUAAAAAUUUUAAAAUAAAACUAUCAUUCGUAAUGAA